AUGGAGCCAUCGCAAGGCGAUACCAAAACGUCGUCCUUUUCACAUUUUACUGUCCCGGUGGAUUCCGCCGGCCGUGCCACCGUUUUCCGGCCAUUCUCUCUACAAUCGCCGCACUCACGCGCCUUUCACCUAGCGUGGCUCUCACUCUUCUCCUGCUUCUUCUCCACCUUCUCCAUCCCUCCUCUCAUCCCCGUCAUCUCCUCCGACCUCGGUCUCUCUGCCUCCACCGUAUCCGCCGCCGGAAUCGCUUCCUUCGCUGGCUCUAUCUUCUCCCGCCUCGCCAUGGGCCCUCUCUGUGACCUCAUCGGACCACGGACAUCUUCGGCGAUCCUCUCUCUCCUCACCGCCCCCGCCAUCCUCUCAGCCGCAUUCGUCAACUCUCCGACUUCCUUCAUCCUCGUCCGUUUCUUCGUCGGCUUCUCGCUAGCUAAUUUCGUAGCUAAUCAGUACUGGAUGUCCUCCAUGUUCUCCAGCAACAUCGUUGGCUUAGCUAACGGCGUCUCUGCCGGUUGGGCUAACGUCGGCUCAGGUAUUUCUCAGCUCCUUAUGCCUCUCCUCUACUCUACCCUCGCCAGAUUCUUCCCAUCCUCCAUCUCCUGGCGCGUGUCCUUCCUCCUCCCUGCCAUUUUCCAGGUGGUAACCGCCGUCCUUGUUCUCCUCUACGGUCAAGACACUCCCGACGGUAACCAAAAAACCUCGAAACAAAAGAAAAUAAAAAAUCUGGAAGAAGAAGAAGAAGAAGAUUCCGAUUUCUUCGAGAUCCUCUUCGACGGACUUGGGAAUUACAGAGCAUGGAUCCUAGCGCUACUGUACGGGUACUCGUUCGGCGUUGAGCUAACGACGGACAACAUGAUCGCCGGGUAUUUCUACGAGCGAUUCGGCGUUGAUCUCGAGGCGGCGGGAACGAUCGCUGCGACUUUCGCGAUUUCGAACGUCGCGUCGCGUCCGGCGGGAGGGAUGAUUUCGGACUUGCUGGGGAAGAAAUUCGGGAUGAGAGGGAGGCUCUGUGGACUCUGGGCUGUGCAAUCGGUGGCUGGAUUGUUGUGCGUGUUACUCGGACGAGUCAACUCGCUCUGGGGCUCAAUCGCCGUCAUGUGUGUCUUCUCUGUUUUCGUUCAAGCUGCCUCUGGUCUCGUAUUUGGCGUCGUUCCCUUCGUCUCCACAAGAUCUCUAGGAGUGGUGGCGGGAAUGACGGGAAGCGGCGGUACUAUAGGUGCGGUGGUGACGCAGCUUCUGUUGUUUUCCGGCGAAAAUGUUCAAAAGCAGAGAAGCAUUUCACUUAUGGGUUUAAUGACUUUCGUCGCUUCUCUUUCUGUUACACUUAUAUAUUUUCCACGAUGGGGUGGAAUAUGUUGUGGUCCUUCGUCAUCUUCAGAAUCCGAUGAUUUUUCCGAGCAGCUCCUUGUAGACGAUGACGAGGAAGACCGAGUGAAUAGUGAUAGUUUACGUGUCGUUGUUUAA